CCGCGUGCAUGCAUACAUAACUCGUCCAGAAUGACAUGACGGGCGUGUCCACGUCAACCAUCAUUCGUACGCACCUGAGCUGUGCAGUUUGCGAUAUGUCUUGGACCACAUCGGAUGACGAUGCAAGUCCGGUCCAAGGUACCGCGAGUGAGCCCGCCGCAUGUUGAGCGCCAACGACCAGGCUCUUUGUCAUUUGCGCUGGCCCAAUGGUGGGAUGGCAUGCCUCGGAAGAAAGCGAGCACCACAGGACAAGUGAUCCAUCCAUCUUGCGGAGCUGACCCUCAACCUCCGCCAUCCAUCCAUCUGCCUGCCUGCCCGCCUGCCUGUCCACCCAAGCAGCCGCGCCCCGUCCAUUGCGACACCUGUUACCUAAACUUGUACUUGAAUCAUAAUCAUCACCACCACACCGCCUUGGCUCCGACCGCCAGACGCCAUACCACUUGGAUAUAUAACUCGCCCUCAACAAUCAAUAUGCACGACCCUUUCCCCAUAACCCCUCCGGCUUGGUUCUCCAAGAUUGUACAGCCAGUCGCCGAUUCUCUGUCUUUUCAGACCCUCCCCCUCCACGCACACGAGGUCCUUUUCGCUUUCUGCCUCUAUCACAGCAUCUUCCAGUAUUUCGCUCCCUUCAUAUCGAAUCUCCUGAUACCGCAGACAUACGCAAACUUCAGCGCCAAAACUCGCCUGAGCUGGAACGUACACAUCGUCUCUCUAUCCCAGAGCACUCUGAUAUGUGCCCUCUCUCUGUGGGUCAUGCAGAAGGAUGGUGUGAGGAGUGAUAUGGAUUGGACCGAGAGGGUCUACGGAUACACGGGCGCUUCGGGCCUGAUCCAAGCCUUUGCUGGAGGCUACUUCGUCUGGGACCUCGCCAUCACCGUCCAGAACUUGAGUGUUUUCGGUCCGGGGAUGCUGGCCCACGCUGUUUCUGCUUUGUUCGUCUUCUCUCUGGGAUUCCGCCCCUUUGUCAACUUUUACGCUCCCACCUUUAUCUUGUAUGAGCUCUCGUCGCCGUUUCUCAACGUCCACUGGUUCUGCGACAAACUCAACAUGACGGGCUCCAGCCUGCAACUUUACAACGGCAUCUGCCUCCUUUUCACAUUUGCCGGCUGCCGGCUCGGCUGGGGCUCAUACCAGUCGGUGCGCGUCUUCUACGACAUCUACCGCGCCGUCGUCGCUGGCGACUCCGUCUUGCCCAACAAAGUUGUUGACCCAAGCGGUACUAUGCGGUUCGCAAGCGGUCAGACAGUUCCUCUCUGGCUCGCCGUCUGCUACCUGGCUAGCAACAUCACGCUCAACGGUCUCAACUGGUUCUGGUUCGGCAAGAUGAUCGAAACCAUCCGCAAGCGCUUCGAUCCUCCACUCGGCACUCGAAAGGCUGAGGGGGCGUCCACCUCCACGUCCGAAGGAGCGAGGAAGGCCCUCGAUAAGCUGUCCGACAGGGAGAAGGUCCUUGUUGAAGGUACCCACGUCAACACACCCCCGCCAACCCCUUAUGCGACCUCGGAGAAGAAUGGCGAUUAUAUCAGCGCGGUCAAGACCUCGAACACGACGGGCAAGCAUUUGGAGGUGGACGGCAUCGAGAUCAAGAGGAGAGCAGGCGACGGUAAUAAGACAAUUCCAAGCGCCAGAGCUGCAUAG